UGGCCACGCCGGGAGGAGCUCUCGGCCGCCCGUCUGCAGCGGCCAGCGCCGGCGGCCCGAGUCCGGGCAAGCCCGAGGCUGAGGCGGCGGGAGGCCCGAGGCCCCCGGGGCGGAGGCGCACCCCUCGUUCGUCCUCGCCGCCGCGGCGCACACGCGCGCGCUCCUCCCGCGGGACCCCGCCGGCGACCCGUAGCUCGGGCACGCGCCUGUCGCAGCCCGCAGGAAGGAGGGGUCCGGCCCGAGGCCCGGGGCGGCGGCCGCCAUGGAGAUGCGCUGGGCCCGGGGCCGGCGCCUGGAGCGGCCGGGGCGGCCCUGAGCGCCCUGCUGCUCGCCCCGGCCGGGUGGCCGACGUGCCCCCGGUGCGCUCUCCGCCCGCGCUGCUGCCUGGGCGCGGCGGCGGCGCCCUGUUGAAUGGGCUGGGAGGGCCCCAGGUUGGAAGUGCUGGCGGACGCGGCCUCCGGGGGCGCAAGGCAGCAGCCGCGGUGGCGACCAAACGGGUGUUGGAGUUGGCGGCGGCCAUGGAGGGCCUGGCUGGCUAUGUGUACAAGGCGGCCAGCGAGGGCAAGGUGCUGACCCUGGCCGCCUUGCUCCUCAACCGCUCCGAGAGCGACAUCCGCUACCUGCUGGGCUAUGUGAGCCAGCAGGGCGGGCAGCGCUCCACGCCUCUCAUCAUCGCAGCCCGCAACGGGCACGCCAAGGUGGUGCGCUUGCUGUUGGAACACUACCGGGUGCAGACCCAGCAGACGGGCACCGUGCGCUUCGACGGGUAUGUCAUCGAUGGCGCCACUGCUCUUUGGUGUGCUGCGGGAGCUGGGCACUUUGAGGUUGUUAAGCUUCUGGUCAGUCACGGGGCGAACGUGAACCACACCACCGUCACCAACUCGACCCCCCUACGGGCAGCGUGCUUUGACGGCAGACUGGAUAUUGUGAAAUACUUAGUUGAAAAUAAUGCCAACAUCAGCAUUGCCAACAAGUACGACAACACCUGCCUGAUGAUUGCAGCAUAUAAGGGACACACUGACGUGGUCAGAUACCUUUUAGAACAACGGGCUGACCCCAAUGCUAAAGCACACUGUGGAGCCACAGCAUUGCAUUUUGCGGCUGAAGCUGGCCACAUAGACAUCGUCAAAGAGCUGAUCAAAUGGCGCGCCGCUAUCGUUGUGAAUGGCCACGGAAUGACACCCCUGAAGGUAGCUGCGGAGAGCUGUAAAGCUGAUGUUGUUGAACUUUUGCUCUCUCAUGCUGAUUGCGACCGAAGAAGUCGGAUUGAAGCUUUGGAACUCUUGGGUGCCUCCUUUGCCAAUGACCGUGAGAACUAUGAUAUCAUGAAGACAUACCACUAUUUGUACUUAGCUAUGCUGGAGAGGUUUCAAGGUGAUAGCAUCCUUGAGAAGGAGGUUCUGCCACCCAUCCACGCUUACGGGAACAGAACUGAGUGUAGGAAUCCUCAGGAGCUGGAAGCCAUCCGGCAGGACAGAGAUGCUCUUCACAUGGAAGGCCUUAUAGUUCGGGAGCGGAUUUUAGGUGCUGACAACAUCGAUGUUUCGCACCCCAUCAUUUACAGAGGGGCUGUCUAUGCGGAUAACAUGGAAUUCGAACAGUGUAUCAAGUUGUGGCUGCACGCCCUGCACCUUAGGCAGAAAGGCAACAGGAACACCCACAAGGAUCUGCUUCGAUUUGCUCAAGUUUUCUCACAGAUGAUCCAUUUGAAUGAGACUGUGAAGGCCCCCGACAUCGAAUGUGUUCUGAGAUGUAGCGUUUUAGAAAUAGAGCAGAGCAUGAACAGAGUAAAGAAUGUCUCAGAUGCCGACGUCCACAACGCCAUGGACAAUUACGAAUGUAAUCUCUACACCUUUCUGUAUUUAGUGUGCAUCUCCACCAAAACGCAGUGCAGCGAAGAAGAUCAGUGCAAAAUUAACAAGCAGAUCUACAACCUGAUUCACCUGGACCCCAGAACUCGGGAAGGCUUCUCCUUGCUGCAUCUUGCCGUCAACUCCAAUACCCCGGUGGACGAUUUCCACACCAACGAUGUCUGCAGCUUCCCCAACGCGCUUGUCACCAAGCUGCUGCUGGACUGUGGCGCCGAGGUGAACGCGGUGGACAAUGAGGGGAACAGCGCCCUGCACAUCAUCGUCCAGUACAACAGGCCCAUCAGUGAUUUUUUGACCUUGCACUCAAUCAUCAUCAGCCUAGUGGAAGCUGGCGCUCACACCGACAUGACAAAUAAACAGAAUAAGACUCCGCUCGACAAAAGUACCACGGGGGUCUCGGAAAUACUGCUUAAAACUCAGAUGAAGAUGAGCCUGAAGUGCCUGGCUGCCCGAGCAGUUCGGGCUAAUGACAUUAACUACCAAGACCAGAUCCCCAGAACUCUUGAAGAGUUUGUUGGAUUCCAUUAAGUGACUGGAUAUGUAAAAUCGUUUAAUGUGGUGCUAAAAAGUAAAGGACUUUAAUCACAGACAAUAGAAUUAUGUGUUCAUAAAUUCCGCUUUUCUUUCCACUACCCUUCCUCCCAACCCAGCCUUCCUUAGUUCUGUAUUUGUUCUUCUUGCCUCCUAUGGGAAUCGAUUUCAAACACACUUCAAACAAAGCCACAUUGUUUAGGUGUAAUUAAGAGUUUGAGGUCUUUGGAUGUUGGUCACCUAGCAAUUUGUUAUUUUUGUUUUUCUUCUUUGAAGUAACGAAUAUAAAAUAUAUUGUUUGUGUAGCAAGGGACAUUUAUGAUUUCAAGUUGGUGAUGUUUAAACAGCUGCCUACACAGUAUUUGUGUUAAGCUGGUGUCGGCGUGUUUUCCAUGCAGCAGUUUUGAGGAUCUUGUGAAGAGAAAGAAACACAGAAGAACGUUGAAAGUAGUGGGAUUGUCCAGGUGUCCUGCACGUGCCAAGCUGCUGUGGGUAGCUGUCACUCUGCCAUUGUCUCUGUGGAGUGGUACAACCCGUGUUACCAUCGGGAGGAUUGAAAAAAAAAAAAAAAAAAAGAAAACACAGCUGCAGAUUAAUUUGAACAAUGUGCUACUUUAAUAACAGUUGCAAAUGUAUAUUAAAUCCUUUGAAAUUAUUGUAUUUUUGUGACUACUAUAUACAAAGUGAUAGUAAUCUUAAAAGCCAAUUUUUCAGAGAAUACUGAUGAACUCUUUGCCUUUAGUGCAAAUUCUUCCAAGCCUGUUUCAAUGAAAUUGAUCUAAAUUGCAGCAGUCUGCAUUUGAUUCACUUUAUGGACAUGUAAAAAUUAUGAAUUCUGUGUUUUUGUAUGCUCCAAAUUGUCACAAGAUGGUUACACUUUCUAUUUCCUUUUUUCCCUUCCCUCUUGUGUUGUGUCUUUCACAAUGUGGAAAACUCCUUUUCCAGAGGGCAUCAUUUUUGCCUCCCUAAUAAGGUGUUUGUGACAGAUGAAAAGGAACCAGGAUAUUUUUGAUUUUUUUUUUUUUAGUCUUUCUUAGUCUGUGAAAAGAAGUAGAAAAGCAAGAAAAUUACUAGUGUGGUCUAGGAAAUAGAAUGUUUUUGAGGAUGAAGGUAAUUCUUACUUCCACUUGAAAGGGAUUUUUUUUUUGUCAGAACUGCAAAUUUUUCAGCCACCCAAUGUUCCCUAUUCUGACAGCUCUACAGAAGUCUUUAUGAUUUUGUUUUGUUUUGUUCUGUUUUAUUGGCAACAUUUUAACUGUCAGAUACUGAAAGUAUUCUGUGGUUAUCUUUUCAGCAUCACAGAAAUUCAAGUAAAGGGUACACAUCUCUUUCUCUUGAUGUUAAAAAUGAUAAAGUAAAAUUAGCUGUAUCUGUAAUUUUCUCUCUAGUGCCAAAUGAAUGCCUUAGCUACUCAUAGUGCAUGGUACUUACUGUAAGUGAAGACCUGCAGCUUUCUUUUCCCUUAAUGAAAAACAUUAUAAUGAUGUAGAUACAUCAGAUAUACACUUAGACAAACCGAUAAGGUUUCAGUCGACAUAUUGUGUAUGGUUAUUGCUUUGUCAAAUCUAAGAGGAAAGUUGCAGUUGGAUCAGUGUAAAACAAUGACCAAGCCAAAAUCAGCACCUAGGGCCUUAAAUACAAUGGAGACACCCUGCGGAAAGGAGUGCUUGGAAGGAUGGGAGGAGAUGGAGGGGUUUAACAACUUCUCCCCUCCAGGAUGCAAGAUACUUUUAUUGCUGCUGUAGUUUACACUUUUGAGUGUUGUCUUGCUUCAGUUAGGGAAUGUUUUAAUGAGAAAUUCUGUCCUGUUGAUAGAUAUAUGAUUUCCUAACAUGAGAUUUUUUAAGAAAGAUUUUUUGGGGAUGGCUUAAAGAAGGUAUUUGAGCCCUAAUUUGAAAAUUACCGAUCUGAAUUCUACUGGUAUGAGUCAAGGAAAAACUUGUACCGUGCUCUUGACAGCUUUCAGUGGCCUGAAAGAGAAAAUGCACUUCCUCCUCCAGGUGAGUGGCUCAUACCUCCUCCAUGGCUGCGCUCAGACCCUCUGUCCUUCACACCACAAGGCCUGCCCAGUGGACAGUCUGAGGAAUCGCUACAAGACUUGGUAUUCAGUUGGUUCCAUUCUUAAUGUGUAUGAUUUUUGAAACACCAACCUUGAAAUAUCAGAUAAUGUGGCAUGUUUUAAAAACACAUUUCAUCCUUUUGGCAACCCAAGACCAGCGCUAUUUAAGACAUUGCUUACACAAUGAAGAGACUGAUUAUGUACAUAUUCAGACAUCAACAUUUAAUGUCAGUGUCAUCGAGAAGGGAAGACUAUGCUAGAGAAAGUCAAACGGUGCCGACUGGAAUGCUGACAAAGUUGGAGAAAGAAUUUGAGAGUGAAAUAGAUAUGAACUGUGCUCAUGGUAACUAGAUUUUUUUUUUAAAUUAUAGUAUAGUAGUACAUUGUGAGUUAUCUUGCUGAGGAUCUGUCUUGUAAAAUCAAUGUGUUUUGUGAAGCACCUGUAUAAAACCAUUCUUGAAGCAAGUUACCUACAUGCCUGUUUUUUAAAUUUUGGGGGGGUAGAGUUAUUUAAAGGUGUGUUUAGCUAAACCCUUCCCCAACUUAGUAUUUUUUGUUUGUUGUUUUAAAAGGAAAAUAGAUGAUAAAGGUGAUAGUUCUACAUCUCGGCUCACUGAGAGCCCUAGGCUGUGUGUGUCGUGCAGCCACUUGGGUUUUUUGACUUUGAUUAUUGGUAAGAUCUGCUCUGAACAGAGAGCAGUCUGGGUUCCCUGAGGACUUCUGCAGAUCCUGAUGAGCUAGAGGCCUGGGUGGAUGCUUUGUAUUUGCAGAUCUUGACUUAGUGGACUUUAGACUCGUAAUGGAGUUGGAGUUAAAAUAACUCAAGGAGUGUUCAACAAGUCCGCUCACUUCCUUGAUGCCGAGGAACCGAAGAACCGAUGCUGACAACCUUUACGUUGACUCAGUCCACCCUGGCUUGCUCUAGUAGGGCCACAGCCCACAUACCUAAGGUCCUUUGCUGUGGAAACUUACAAACAGAUAAACUAAAAAACAGCUUCUCUGCAGACUGUGGUCUUUCUCCUGAGGGGUUCAUUUCGCUGAUUACAGUGACUGCGAACAGUGAGACCGUAGCUCGGUGUAAGGCACUGAAGUGAGGUGGGAUGGGCCAGCCGCUCCCCGCUGCCGUCUGUUUGGUGGUUUUGAAAGUCAGUGUUUCCAGGGAGCUGCAGCCCUGUAGGUUUCCACUGUAGUGAGGCAGCUUACUUUCUGAAUGAGACCACUUCGGCUAAUUGAACCUGAAGCAUUUUUUGUGGGGCAGGGGAUUGGGGGGGUGCAGAUGGAUGUGCUAUACCUGGGAUGAAUUACCGUUUGCUGGUUUAGAAGCAGCCGGCAGUUGAACUAGUGAGUAGAUGAAAGAAAGUGUAACGGGCUUGUUUUCAUGAUCGUUUUUCUGUGAAAACCUUUACUGUUCCUCUUCAGAGUAGCCAGCUGUGUUAAUGCCCACCCAGUUGGCUAGUCUGUUUUCCUCACUGAUUCUACUCUAACACCGAAAGGGGUUAAAGAAAACCAAACUUUGCCUUUUUCGCUCUGUGAGAAGGUUUUAGUCCAGAAGAUUGUCAGCAUCUCCCUUGGAGAUGUGCAGCUGUAUUCUGGACAGCACCUCAUUGUGUGUGUCACAUUGCAGCACUCUCACCUGUUUCUGGCAGACUUGCCCACAGUCCCAUGGGCUGGCUUGUACAGCGUCCGCUCCCCCAGAUACAGGAUCUGAAAUAAAUACUGCGUUGAUAGUGGUGAUAUGUUCAUUUUUUGAAACUGUAAAGUAAAUGUGGUCUCUAGUCCUAGGUUUGUGCUGUGUACUUUUGUGUUACUGUGUAGAGCAGGGGCAGUGACUUGAAGGCUAUGGGGCAUGGGUCUUGCUGUGUGUGCAGGGGCGAGCACUGCUGAAGUACUAACAGCUUUUCAUUUGGAGGUGAUCAUGGGAUGGGUGGCCUAACCAGAAAAAUGACAGAGUGACGAAGCAAGAUUGCCAAGUGAUGACACGGACAAGGGUCUGUAUCUAUUUUUUUAAUACAGUGUUGUAAAAUUUGUGCAUGGCUUUUUUCAUUGUUGCUUAGUAAUUGGAGAGGAAAACAACAACGAAAACCCUCCGCUUUCCUAACCAAUCUUUGCAGGGGUACGUCACUGGGGAGUAGAGGAUGACGCCUAAGCUAUUGGUUGGAAGCAUCUGUCCCUGAUAAGCUCCGCCCCACCCAGCAGUCCUCUGUGGGUGUACUUCACUGUGAAUUAUAGCAAGCCAGUGAUGUCCUUCAAUUGUGUACUUUUGUCAACUCAUUUAUGUGACUUUAAUAAAAUAGUGAAACUUGCUGACUGCGCCAGAGGUCUGUUAGUGAUUUGUAUUAUUGCAUGGCAUUUCUUUUUUGUUUUUUUUUUUUUUUUCUAUUUGAGUUUGACAAGUAGAAUAAUUUUUAAGUUCGUGGCAAUUGACAGUCCUAAUAAUUGCUCAACUAAUUUGGAACUAACAAUCUUGCUGUAUAAAAGCAAAAAUAUGGUGUUUGUGUUUAGUAAAUGUUUGAAAAAAGAAAAAC